CUUCUGUCCGCUGACGUCACUCGCGGGAACGGCUGUGAAAAAGAAGCGCGAGAUAGAAACUUGAGCGCGGGGAACAGAUGUGAUACCGCCGAGUUCCGAUGCUGGUUUUAUUUAAUAGUGCGUCGUGUGUUUGAUCGACCCUCUUAUUGACAUCACAGAUGUUUUUGUCUUUGUAUGUUUCGUGCACAGCAUCAUCUUAAAGGUCUGUUAUUUAGCGCAAUUUGAUAAACAAGUUGGAGAAAUGUCGCGGUGGGCGCGCGGUGAAGAUGAAGAGGAGGCUAUGUGUCAAGACACAGAUUCAGAUGUGGCAGACCAAAAGGAUUGUGGGAAAGUGAAAGUAAAGUGGACUCAAGAUGAAGACGAUAAGCUGCGGAAAUUGGUGCUAAACGUUGGACCAAAUGAUUGGAAAUACAUUGCCAGUUUUUUACCUAAUCGUUCAGAGCAUCAAUGUCAGCAUCGCUGGUUAAAAGUAUUGGAUCCAGAUCUUGUCAAAGGACCUUGGACCAGAGAAGAAGAUGAAAAGGUCAUUGAACUGGUCAAACGGUAUGGCAACAAGCAGUGGGCAAUGGUGGCCAAACAUCUGAAGGGUCGCCUUGGAAAGCAAUGUAGGGAACGCUGGCAUAACCACCUCAAUCCAGACGUGAAGAAGUCCUCCUGGACUCCAGAGGAAGACCUCAUUAUCUUCAAGGCCCACUGUGUGCUGGGCAACCGCUGGGCAGAAAUUGCCAAACUGCUUCCUGGAAGAACAGACAACGCAGUCAAAAACCACUGGAACUCUACCAUUAAGCGUAAAGUUGAAACGGGCUAUUAUGCUGGGGUGGACACUACACUGCAUGUAAUCCAACAAACAGAGAAUGAAGAGGUACUACCUGAAGAGACUGCUCAGCAACAGGAUUCUGAUGCACAUGAGAAAGGCAACACUGCUUCUACCAAAACUGCAUCUCCCAAAGCUCCAACAACCCCUAAAAGCGAAGCUGACAACUCUGGAGACUCCAAUGUGUCCACCUGGAUCAUGGACAGCUCGGGUUUUCUCUCACCCUCAGCCGCUCCAACCUUAAAGGAGGUGAUGGAACUUAUGGAUGGGGAUCUUGAAGGCUGGUGUACAAUGUCAGACUUUGACCUACCAGAGGAAAAUCAGAAUUCAGAGCAUCUGCAGUUUCGGCUGGAGGGAAGCACCCUGCAGGAGCUCAGCAAGGGCAGUAAAGGAGAACUCAUCCCUAUCUCACCAGGCGGGGCAACACCACCAUCAAUUUUGAAUCGGCGCAGUCGUCGGCGCAUCGCCCUUUCCCCAGACCCCAACGACUCUAUGACCCCAAAAAGCACACCGGUCAAAAUCCUGCCCUUCUCUCCUUCACAGUUUCUGAAUAUGUGGACCAAGCAGGACACCCUGGACCUAGAGAACCCUUCACUUACAUCCACUCCUGUGUGCAGCCAAAAAAACAUUGACACAACACCCUUACACCGUGAUAAAACUCCACUUACUCAGAAGGAAAACUCUCUGUUCAUCACACCAAAUCACAAGUCUGACCUGGACACAACUCCACGCACUCCCACUCCAUUUAAAAAUGCCAUGGAGAAAUACGGACCCCUGCGACCACUGCCUCCAACCCCAAAUCUGGAGGACCUCAAAGAAGUCUUGCGCAGUGAGGCUGGAAUUGAGCUGAUAGUAGAGGAUGAAACUCCUACUGAGAAGAAAUGCAAACAUGUGCAUCGACCUCCUAUGAAGAAAGUGCGUAAAUCUUUGGCACUCGAUGUCAUUGACUGCAGCAAGACUAUUACUGCCCGCAAACAGCAAUCUAAACCCACAAUCAAAACAAAUCAUAAGGUUAAAACAACACAGCCACUCCCUCUCGUGCUAAAGGAAGAGAAUGUUUUGGAUCAAGGAUUUAUUCUUGGACCAAAUGAAAGUGGACUGCCCAUCAAAUCAGAGCCUCCAGCAUUCAGAUUGGUUUCUCCGUUGCCUAUGUCUCCAGCUUGGAAAGCUGUUGUAUGUGGACGGACGAAAGACCAACUAAUCAUGACGGAGAAAGCAAGACGUUACCUUCGCUCUUUGAAAUCUCAUGCUCCAAGUCGAGCCCUCAUACUUUCCUGAUCCAACCCUGGUUUUCAUAAAAUCAUUUAUGGAAAUUGAGUUGAUUUUAAAAAUGUAAAUGUCAUGAAGCAUUUGUUAAACCAAUUAUUGCUCCAGGCUUACAUUGAUAGACACUUUAAUGCUCUUAUUCAGUUUUCUAUGCCAUACUUCCACACACAGAAAAACAAAAUCCUUUGUUUAACAAUUUAUUAGUUUCUCCCUCAUUUCUUCAUGUAUUGUUAAUUUCUAAUGCAUGGAGCAAAAGACCUGUAUACCAUCAUUCUAAUUCCCAAACUUAAUGUCAUAUCCAAAAGUAGUAAUCAAAACAUUUUUAAUAAAACAUUUCUGUAUUCUGUGCAAAAAUAAUUCAUGUUAACAAUUAGCUGUAUGUACAGUUUGUGUAUAUAAAUUUUGGUAGACCUGUGUUGUAUUUGAAAAUAGCGUUUUGAAAAAAAUAUUAGUAACGUGAAAUUGUGACACUUUAUUUCAAUGUGCAAAAAGUUAUGAAGUGAUGUUUUUCUAAAUGAUGUUAAAAUAUGCAUACGUAAAGAACAAUAAACCAGCUAUCACCUGC